AUGUCGCCUAGUUCAUCGCCAACUCCGUUAUCAUUAAUAUCAGAAAAUCAAUCAAAUAUAGAUUCAACUUCAACUGCUAUUCAUAGAAUGAUAUAUAAUAUAUCGGAAAUGCUUGCAUCAUCAAACAUGAAUGAUAGUCCUCAAACUGAUGAUGUUUUUCAUACGAAUUCACUUAUUCGCUAUAGACUGCUAUAUCGAAAUUAUCAUGGUUUUAUAUCGAGUGCUGUAUGUAUAUUUGGUUUGACAUGUAAUUUAUUUAAUAUUAUUGUUUUAACUCGUCCGUUAAUGCGGUCUUCAACGAAUACUAUUUUAACGUCAUUAGCUCUAUCGGAUCUACUUAAAAUGUUAUUUGUUUUACCAGCAGUUAUUCUUUUCUAUUGUUUACCAAAGGAUGACAUGAAAAGUGAACCCGAUCCAACAUCUUAUGUUCAAGUUAAAUUUUACAUGAUACAAAUGUUAUUUACAUUAACCUUACAUUGUAUUAGUACAUGGUUAACCGUGUAUCUUGCUGCUUUUCGUUAUGUAUUUCUAAAUUGUAAAGCUCUAACAGCUUAUGUAUCGUCACCUGAUCGUGCCUUAAUUGGGGUCGCCGUAGUUGUUCUAUUAUCAACUAUUCUCUGUGUUCCAUCUUAUUUGGAACAUCAAAUCGUUCAUUACUAUGUUAAUAAUACACAGAUAGCAUCAAAUAAAUCCGAUAAAAUCAUCAUUUAUCGUUUUGACCAAACAGCAUUUAGUAAAUCAUUAGCGUUACGCGAUAAAGUAUUCGUAUUACAUGGCGUCAUAUUUAAAUUAAUUCCGUGUAUGCUACUACUUCUAUUCAGUUUUCUAUUAGUACAACAAUUGCGUAGUGCAUUAAAACAAUCGCAACAUGUACAUAGAACUUCAACAGCAAAUAUUAGUAAAGAAAAGCGUAAAGGACGUUUACAUGGUCGAAAACGCGAGAAAGAAAAUCGCCGUACAACGCUAAUGCUAGUUAUUGUUUGUGCUCUAUUUCUUGUUACCGAAUUGCCACAAGGUGCAAUAUUAUUUUUAACGUUUCUAUCAAAACAUAAUUCAAAUUAUUAUUUUCAAAUUUAUCAACACCUCGGUGAUACAUUUGAUAUAUUAGCUCUAAUAAAUAAUUCGGUUAAUUUUAUUCUUUACUGUCUUAUGUCAAAAGCAUUUCGUGACACAUUUCAGCAAACAUUUUGCUUUAUUCAAAAAUUUGCACCACAUCAACCUACAGUGUCAUUUUCAAAAUUAACAACAACAAAACGACAACAAAAAUAUUUGAAUGAAGCUAUUACUUAUGAAGCCAUACCAUCCUAUAGACCUUCACAGAAUGGUCGACUGCAUGAAAUACCUAUUAGAAAAUCUUUCUCUGAUAAUGAACCUAAAAAAAUAAAACGAACUUUAAAAUCACUCGAGUUUUUCAGCCAUAAUAAGUCAGCUUCAUUAUAA